AUGUACACCCGAAUGCACGCUUGUGCUUUGUCCGGCCACAAAUUCGUCAGGAAUUGGGUCUACGUGAAAAUGGCCGUCCGCGCCUGGAAGGUCUUCAUAGUCGGGCAGAUGCUACUGCCGACAAUGCGCUUCCGACGUGCCGAGACAAAAGAGCCGAUACUCACAGUUGCCACGCGAGUCGCCUGGCAACGGAGCAGUCGCCUCAUGGUUGCCGGGUGA